AAAGGUGUCUCUAGCACAAUGAUGAAAAUCAUCCUAAUUAUUUUCAUUCACCUAUUGAGCCUAGGACUUCUAAAUGGAGAGUCGAAUGUGAACGGGACUUUAACUAAUGAUGCAAAUGAGACAACAGCAGUUGCGAAUGGAACGACAAUUGAAACCACGACAAUAUUAAAUAAUGAAACUGAAGCCAUAGAUCUUGUAAACGGAUCAACAAUUGAGACCACGACAUUGGUGAAUAAUGAAACUGAGACAGCACAACGUGCAAAUGAAAUAACCAUUGAGAUCACGACAUUAUUAAAUAAUGGAACUGAGACUGCGGAACUUGCGAAUGGAACGACAAUUGAGACCACGACAUUAGUAAAAAAUGAAAUUGAAACGACCGAACGUGUAAAUGAAACACCAAUUGACACCACCCCAUUUUUGAAUAAUGAAACUAAAUCUACAAAACUUGUUCCUAAUGAAAUAACAACUGAGACCCCGAAAUUAUCGAAUAAUAAAACUGGAUCUACAACAGUUGUUGGGAAGGAAACGACAAUUGAGACCGCAACAGUAUUGAACAAUGAAACUGAUACUACACUACUUGCGAAUGAAACGACAAAUGAGACAACAACAUUAUUAAAUAAUGAAACUAAAUCUACAACACUUGUUGUGAAUAAAACGACAACUGAGACAACAACAUUAUUAAAUAAUGUAACUGGGACUACGGAACUUGCAAAUGGAACGACAAUUGACACCACGAUAUUUUUUAAUAAUGAAACUGAAUCUACAACACUUGCGGCUAAUGAAAUGACAACUGAGACCAUGACAUUAUCGAAUAAUGGAACUGAAUCUAAAACAGUUGGGAAGGCAACGACAACUGAGACAACGACAUUAUUAAAUAAUGGAACUGAGAAUGCGGAACUUGUGAAUGGAACGACAAUUGAGACCACAACAGUAUUGAACAAUGAAACUGAGACUACAGUAGUUGUGAAUAGAACGACAGUUGAAACCACGACAUUUUCGAAUAAUCAAACUGAAUCUACAACAGUUGCGGCUAAUGAAAUGACAACUGAGACCACGACAUUAUCGAAUAAUGAAAUUGAAUCUACAACACUUGUUGUGAAUGAAACGAUAACUGAGACAACAACAUUAUUAAAUAAUGGAACUGAGACUACGGAACUUGCGAAUGGAACGACAGUUGAGACCACAACAUUAGUAAAAAAUGAAACUGCAACCACUGGCCUUAUUAAUGAAACGACAGUUGAAACCACGAUAUUUUUGAAUAAUGAAACUGAAUGUACAACAGUUGCGGCUAAUGAAAUGACAACUGAGACCACGACAUUAUCGAAUAAUGAAAUUGAAUCUACAACAGUUGUUGGGAAGGCCACGACAACUAAGACAACGACAUUAUUAAUUAAUGGAACUGAGACUGCGGAACUUGUAAAUGAAACGACAAUUGAGACCACAACAGUAUUGAACAAUGAAACUGAUACUACACUACUUCCGAAUGAAACGACAGUUGAAACCACAACAUUUUUUAAUAAUGAAACUGAAUCUACAACACUUACUGUGAAUGAAACGACAACUGAGACAACAUUAUUAAAUAAUGUAACUGAGACUACGGAGCUUGCAAAUGGAACGACAAUUGACACCACGAUAUUUUUUGAUAAUGAAACUGAAUCUACAACACUUGCGGCUAAUCAAAAGACAACUGAGACCACGACAUUAUCGAAUAAUGGAACUGAAUCUAAAACAGUUGUUGGGAAGGCAACGACAACUGAGACAACGACAUUAUUAAAUAAUGGAACUGAGACUACGGAACUUGUGAAUGAAACGACAAUUGAGACCACAAUAGUAUUGAACAAUGAAACUGAGACUACAGUAGUUGUGAAUAGAACGACAGUUGAAACCACGACAUUUUUGAAUAAUCAAAUUGAAUCUACAACAGUUGCGGCUAAUGAAAUGACAACUGAGACCACGACAUUAUCGAAUAAUGAAAUUGAAUCUACAACACUUGUUGUGAAUGAAACGACAACUGAGACAACAACAUUAUUAAAUAAUGGAACUGAGACUACGGAACUUGCGAAUGGAACGACAGUUGAGACCACAACAUUAGUAAAAAAUGAAACUGCGACCACUGGCCUUAUUAAUGAAACGACAGUUGAAACCACGAUAUUUUUGAAUAAUGAAACUGAAUCUACAACAGUUGCGGCUAAUGAAAUGACAACUGAGACCACGACAUUAUCGAAUAAUGAAACUGAAUCUACAACAGUUGUUGGGAAGGCAACGACAACUGAGACAACGACAUUAUUAACUAAUGGAACUGAGACUACGGAACUUGUAAAUGAAACGACAAUUGAGACCACAACAGUAUUGAACAAUGAAACUGAUACUACACUACUUACGAAUGAAACGACAACUGAGACAACAACAUUAUUAAAUAAUGUAACUGAGACUACGGAGCUUGCAAAUGUAACGACAAUUGAGACCACGACAUUAGUAAAAAAUGAAACUGCAACCACUGACCUUGUAAAUAAAACGACAAUUGAGACCACGACAUUUUUGAAUAAUCAAACUGAAUCUAUGACACUUGUUGCAAAUGGAAUGACAACUGGGACUACGACAUUAUCGAAUAAUGAAACUGAAUCUACAACAGUUGUUGGGAAGGCAACGACAACUGAGACAACGACAUUAUUAAAUAAUGGAACUGAGACUACGGAACUUGUAAAUGAAACGACAAUUGAGACUACAACAGUAUUGAAUAAUGAAGCUGAGACUACAACACUUGUUGCUACUGAAACGACAACUGAGACAACAACAUUAUUAAAUAAUGGAACUGAGACUACGGAACUUGUAAAUGAAACGACAAUUGAGACUACAACAGUAUUGAAUAAUGAAGCUGAGACUACAACACUUGUUGCUACUGAAACGACAACUGAGACAACAACAUUAUUAAAUAAUGGAACUGAGACUACGGAACUUGCAAAUGGAACGACAGUUGAGACCACAACAUUAGUAAAAAAUGAAAUUGCAACCACUGCCCUGACAACACUUGCGGCUAAUGAAAUGACAAUUGAGACCACAACAGUAUUGAAUAAUGAAACUGAAUCUACAACACUUGUUGCUACUGAAACGACAACUGAUCCCACCACAUUAUCGAAUAAUGAUACUGAAUCUACAAUACUUAUUGCGAAUGAAACGACAAUUGACACCACGACAUUUUUGAAUAAUGACACUGAACCUACGACACUUGUUGCUACUGAAACGACAACUGAUCCCACGACAUUAUCGAAUAAUGAAACUGAAUCUACAAUACCUAUUGCGAAUGAAACGACAAUUGACACCACGACAUUUUUGAAUAAUGACACUGAACCUACGACACUUGUUGCUACUGAAACGACAACUGAUCCCACGACAUUAUCGAAUAAUGAAACUGAAUCUACAAUACCUAUUGCGAAUGAAACGACAAUUGACACCACGACAUUUUUGAAUAAUGACACUGAACCUACGACACUUGUUGCUACUGAAACGACAACUGAUCCCACGACAUUAUCGAAUAAUGAAACUGAAUCUACAAUACCUAUUGCGAAUGAAACGACAAUUGACACCACGACAUUUUUGAAUAAUGACACUGAAUCUACAACACUUGUUGCUAAUGAAACGAUAACUGAGACCACGACAUUAUCGAAUAAUGAAUCUGAAUCUAUAACACUUGUUGUGAAUGAAACGACAAUUGAGACAACAACAUUAUUAAAUAAUGGAACUGAGACUACGGAACUUGCAAAUGGAACGACAAUUGAGACCACGACAUUAGUAAAAAAUGAAAUUGAAACCACAGAACUUGUAAAUGAAACGACAAUUGAUAUCCCGACAUUUUUAAAUACUGAAACUGAAUCUCCAAUACUUGCGGCUAAUGAAAUGACAACUGAGACCACGACAUUAUCGAAUAAUGAAACUGAAUCUACAACAGUUGUUGGGAAGGCAACGACAUUAUUAAAUAAUGGAACUGAGACUACGGAACGUGUAAAUGAAAUGACAAUUGAGACCACAACAGUGUUGAACAAUGAAACUGAAUCUACAACACUUGUUGUGAAUGAAACGACAACUGAGACAAUAACAUUAUUAAAUAAUGGAACUAAGACUACGGAACUUGCAAAUGGAACGACAGUUGAUACCACAACAUUAGUAAAAAAUGAAACUGCAACCACUGACCUUGUAAAUGAAACGACAAUUCAGACCACGACAUUUUUGAAUAAUCAAACUGAAUCUACAACACUUGUUGCAAAUGAAAUGACAACUAAGCCCACGGCAUUAUCGAAAAAUGGAACUGAAACUACGGAACUUGCAAAUGGAACAACAGUUGAGACCACAACAUUAUCAAAAAAUGAAACUGAAACCACUGAACUUGUAAAUAAAACGACAACUGACACUUCGACAUUUUUGAAUAAUGAAACUGAAUCUACAACAGUUGCGGCUAAUGAAAUGACAAUUGAGACAACGACAUUAUUAAUUAAUGGAACUGAGACUACGGAACUUGUAAAUGAAACGACAAUUGACACCACGACAUUUUUGAAUAAUGAAACUGAACCUACAACACUUGUUGCUAAUGAAACGACAACUGAGACCACGACAUUAUCGAAUAAUGAAACUGAAUCUACAACACUUGUUGUGAAUGAAACGAUAACUGAGACAACAACAUUAUCAAAUAAUGGAACUGAGACUACGGAACUUGUAAAUGGAACGACAGUUGAUACUACAACAUUAGUAAAAAAUGAAACUGCAACCACUGGCCUUGUUAAUGAAACAACAAUUGAGACCACGACAUUUUUGAAUAAUCAAACUGAAUCUACAACACUUGUUCCAAAUGAAAUGUUAACUGAGCCCACGACUUCAUCGAAUAAUGGAACGGAGACUACGGAACUUGUAAAUGGAAGGACAGUUGAGACCACAACAUUAGUAAAAAAUAAUACUGCAACCACUGACCUUGUAAAUGAAACGACAAUUCAGACCACGACAUUUUUGAAUAAUCAAACUGAAUCUACAAUAUUUGUUGCAAAUGAAAUGACAACUGAGCCCAGGACGUUAUCGAAUAAUGGAACUGAGACUACGGAACUCGCAAAUGGAACAACAGUUGUGACCACGACAUCGGUACAAAAUGAAACUGAAACCACUGAACUUAUAAAUGAAAUGACAAUUGACACCACGACAUUUUUGAAUAAUGAAACUGAAUCUACAACAGUUGCGGCUAAUGAAAUGACAACUGAAAUGACGACAUUAUUAAUUGAUGGAACUGAGACUAGGGAACUUGUAAAUGGAACUAAAGUUGAGACCAGGACAUCGUCGAAUAAUGUAAUUGAGACAACGACACUCGCAUAUACUGUAACCCGUCCAAAUCAAAUGCAGUAUUACAAUAUUCCUCGUCAUGGACGCCCACCUGUCAAAUACUGUAUCCGUAAUCAAUACUAUGACACUCACGAAGGCCGUUGUUUAAUGUUACCCGGAGGUGGUACAGUCGUAUUCAGCGAGACCAAAACUACAUACACUCAAGAAGCUGCAAGAGCCGAUGCGCCCAACAAGCGAAGCUACACCGUCUGGCGAUUAUCGAGAUUAAUUCAUGCAGAAUGUGCGAAGGAUCGAGUGUUUUCCGAUACAUUGAAGAGAUGCACAGAACUUAUGAAUGGAAUAACAGUUGAAACCUCGACAUUAUUAAUUAAUGGAACUGAAACCACUGAACUUGUAAAUGAAACGACAAUUGACACCACGACAUUUUUGAAUAAUGAAACUGAAUCUACAACAGUUGCGGCUAAUGAAAUGACAACUGAGACGACGACAUUAUUAAUUAAUGGAACUGAGACUACGGAACUUGUAAAUGGAACUAAAGUUGAGACCAGGACAUCAUCGAAUAAUGUAAUUGAGACAACGACACUCGCAUAUACUGUAAUCCGUCCAAAUCAAAUGCAGUAUUACAACACUCCUCGUCGCGGACGCCCAUCUGUCAAAUACUGCAUUCAUAAUCAGUACUAUGACACUCACGAAGACCGUUGUCUAAUGUUACCCGGAGGUGGUAGCGGCAUACUCAUCGAGACUAGAACAACAUAUACUCAAGAAGUUUCGAGAGCCUAUCCAUCCAAUAAGCGAAGAUACACCGUCUGGAGAUUAUCAAGAAUAAUUCAUGCAGAAUGUGUGGAGGAUCGAGUGUUUUCUGAUAAAUUGAAGAGAUGUACACUGACAGGAUAAAUUCGCAAUGAUAAUUAAGAAAAAUUCAAAUAUCUUAUACAAUAAAGCCUUCAGCCGAAUUUAGAGUUGA